AUGCAGAAUAAUAUGGUAACUUCAGCAUGUUUGAAUAUACAUUUUCAAAGGGAUUAUGAAUAUAUACAUGAUAUAGCAUGUGACGAAAAUGGUGAAUACAUAUAUGUUGUUUGUACAAAUUCAUUAAAAAUUUAUAAAUGUGAAAGAGAUAAUGAUUUGAGUUUACUGACAAUAAUAAAAUCACCACAUGAAAAUGCAAUCACAAAAUGCAUAAUAUGCCCAGUAAUAUCUGAAAAGUAUUCAUUAUUUGCAACAAUAAGCGAUGAUAAUACAAUAGGAAUAUGGUUAUUGAAUAAAAGCAGAGAUUUAUUAAAAUUAUCGAUGGAGAAUACAAAUUCAUUUUCAUUAUUGAAUAUUGAUACUGAAAAUGUUGUUAUAAAUAAUAAUGCUGAUAAUAAUAAUAAUAAUAAUAAUAAUAAUAAUACUGAUAAUAGUUUUAGUAAUGACAAUAAUAUGAAUAAAUUUGGUGGAGUAUGUAAUAUGACAGCAAGAUUAAGAGAUUCAAGAAACAAAAUAAUAAAUUCAAGUUUUAUAUUAAAUUAUGAAGAUAAUAAUAAAUUAUCAUUGAAUAUAUCAACAAGAAAUAUAUCAUUGAUAGUAUUCUCAAAAGAUGGCCAUUUUAGAAUAUACUCAUGUCAAGAUUCUCCAUUAUUUCAUAAUUGGUCAAUAGUAGAGCAAUUUACAUGUAAUGUAGUCAUAGAUAGUUAUAAAAUGACAUCAUUUUCAUUUAUAAAAAAUUUAAACAUUAUUGAGAACGAAAUAUAUAAUGUUAACAUGAUAGCAAUAGGUUCUAAUAAUGGUAUUAUAAGUAUAUUUGUUAAAUUGGAUUCUAUAAUGGAGAAUAAAUUUAAUAAUAAUGAUAUUAACAAUAAAAAUAAUAAUAAUAAUAAUAAUAAUAAUAAUAAUAAUAAUGUUUUAACUGGUAAUAUUGAUAAAAAGAGUCAUGAAUUUGCUUCUUGGGAUUGUUUAUAUGAUACAAAGGAUAUUAAUACAAAAAAUAAUAAUAAAGAUGAAGAUGAUGUAUUAGCAGGAUUGUUAAAAAAUGAUGUAUUGGAUGUUAAAUGGUGUCCAAAUUAUUCUCGAAAAUUUGAAAUACUUGCUACAAGUCAUGAUUCUUAUAUUUAUUUUAAUAGUAAUAGUAAUAAUAAUAACAAUAAUUGUAAUAAUAAUAAUAAUAAUAAUAACACUAAUAAUAAUAAUAAUAUCAAUAAUAAUUACGAUAAUGAUAUUAAUACAAUUAUUAAUAUUAAUAAUCAUCAUCAUAUUACCAAAAUUAAUGAAAAUGAAGAAGAUAUUAAUCAAGUAUUUAAUGAAAUAAAUGGAAUACCAUGGAUAGGUAUAUGGAAAUGGGAGCUAUAUGAGAAAAAUAGGGGUAAAUUGAUAUUAAUUUAUUCAAUAAUAAAUCAAACAAUUUACCCAACAAAUUGUAUAUCUUGGGAUAUUAAGGGGACAGAAUUUAUAGCAUGUACUGAAUAUAACAUUACAAGGUUUAUUCAAAGUAACAAUAUUAAUACAAAUGACCAAGAAGAUGAUGAUUUAGAUGAUAUAAUAUCUAAUAAUUCUCUUAUUUUUCAUGGAAAAUAUUUUAUUGAUGGUAUCAAAUUAAAAGAAAAAUCUUCUAUAAUUAAUCCUAUUAUUACUAACACUAAUAAUUAUUAUCAUAAUAAUAGUCAAAUAAAAGAGCAAGAAGAUAAAUAUAUUAUGGAUUUUCCUUUAUUUGUUAAAUUUAUUAGGCCAAUAUGA